ACACAGGGCCAAGGAGGGGCGCCUUCCCCGCCGAGGCUAGGCAGGGUGGGGCUCACCGUUCCCCACUUACCGGCCUCGCCCCUCGCGCGCGUUAAUGAGAUUAGCAAUUAAAAGGCGGGCGAGCGGCGGCCAGAGACCAGGCCCUGACGAGGAGCAGCGAGCGCAGGACAUGGAGAAAGCACGGCCUCAAUGGGGCAAUCCGCUGCAGUUCGUGUUCGCCUGUAUCUCCUACGCCGUGGGUUUGGGCAACGUGUGGCGCUUCCCGUACCUGUGCCAGAUGUACGGCGGAGGGAGUUUCCUGGUCCCCUACAUCAUCAUGCUCAUUGUGGAGGGGAUGCCACUCCUGUACCUGGAGCUGGCCGUGGGACAGCGCAUGCGGCAGGGCAGCAUUGGUGCCUGGAGGACCAUCAGCCCCUACCUCAGUGGUGUCGGUGUUGCCAGUGUUGUGGUCUCCUUCUUCCUCUCCAUGUACUACAAUGUCAUCAAUGCCUGGGGCUUCUGGUACCUCUUCCACUCCUUCCAGGAUCCCCUGCCAUGGUCUGUCUGCCCACUGAAUAGCAACCACACAGGCUACGAUGAGGAGUGUGAGAAGGCUUCGUCAACACAGUACUUCUGGUACAGGAAAACACUCAACAUCUCACCGUCCAUCCAGGAGAAUGGAGGAGUGCAGUGGGAGCCAGCGCUGUGCCUCACCCUGGCCUGGCUGAUGGUCUAUCUGUGCAUCCUGAGAGGCACUGAAUCUACUGGCAAGGUGGUCUACUUCACUGCAUCCAUGCCUUACUGUGUUCUUAUUAUCUACUUGAUCCGUGGCCUUACACUCCAUGGAGCCACCAAUGGCCUGAUGUACAUGUUCACACCUAAGAUGGAACAGCUAGCCAACCCCAAGGCCUGGAUCAAUGCAGCCACGCAGAUCUUCUUCUCACUGGGCUUGGGUUUUGGCAGCCUGAUCGCUUUUGCCAGCUACAAUGAACCCUCCAACAACUGCCAGAAGCAUGCCAUUAUUGUGUCCAUCAUCAACAGCUCCACCUCCAUAUUUGCCAGCAUUGUCACCUUCUCCAUCUAUGGCUUCAAGGCUACCUUCAACUAUGAAAACUGCUUAAACAAGGUGAUUCUGCUGCUGACCAAUUCUUUUGACCUUGAAGAUGGCUUUCUGACAGUCAGCAACCUGGAGGAGGUGAAGAACUACCUGGCAUCUACUUACCCAAACAAGUACAGUGAAGUGUUCCCACACAUUAGAAACUGCAGCUUGGAAUCAGAGCUGGACACGGCUGUCCAGGGCACAGGCCUGGCCUUCAUCGUCUACACUGAGGCCAUUAAAAACAUGGAAGUGUCCCAGCUCUGGUCAGUGCUCUACUUCUUCAUGCUGCUGAUGCUGGGUAUCGGAAGCAUGCUUGGAAACACAGCGGCCAUCCUCACCCCUCUGACUGACAGCAAGGUCAUCUCCAGCUACCUGCCCAAGGAGGCCAUUUCAGGUCUGGUAUGCCUCAUCAACUGUGCUGUUGGCAUGGUGUUCACCAUGGAGGCUGGGAACUACUGGUUUGACAUAUUCAAUGACUAUGCAGCCACCCUGUCUCUGCUGCUCAUUGUGCUGGUAGAGACCAUAGCUGUGUGCUAUGUGUAUGGGCUGAAGAGAUUUGAAAGUGACCUUCGGGCCAUGACUGGGCGCACCCUCAACUGGUACUGGAAGAUCAUGUGGGCGUUUGUGAGUCCACUGCUCAUCGUUGGCCUCUUUAUCUUCUACCUGAGUGACUACAUCCUCACGGGAACGCUGCAGUACCAAGCCUGGGAUGCUACUCAGGGGCAGUUGGUGACCAAGGAUUACCCCCCACAUGCACUAGCUGUCAUUGGUUUGCUGGUGGCUUCAUCUACCAUGUGCAUCCCCCUGGUGGCCCUGGGGACUUUCAUCAGGAAUUGCCUCAAGAGGGGAGGCUCUGCCCCAGUGGCCUAAGAAUGGACCUCCCAGAGACUGGAAGUCAGCCACUCUGUUUCAUAGUCACUGCCUGCUGGUGGGAACUUCUUGGCUAGAGUGCUGGUCUGGAGCCUCCUGAGUCUGUAAAGAAGAUUAGGGAGCUUGGCAGAAGAAGACUGCCUUCGGGAGGAGACCAUCCAUCCUCUGCCAUCUGAAGGUCUUUGUCAUCAAAGGUUAAGGCUUCUUUGUCAUCAAAGGUUAAGGCCAGUAUUAAAGACCGGUGUUUUCUUGAUUCUAGAAAGUUCUAGAAUUUACGGUAAACUGUCAUUAAAACUUGACUGUAACUCUAAGGAGCCCAACAAACAAUUACAUUUUCUUUUUUGCUUAAAAGAAAAAAUACUAGAGGGUAGGUAAUUGCUUUUCAACCAGAGUCAGAGGUUUUGAAGCAUGUAAGGUGACAGAUUUAAUAUAAUUCUUUUCUUUAAAGUCACAAUGAAUAUGUAAUUUCUCUGUUCCCUGACUACUCUCUAAAUGCUACCAGGAUAUAAUACUAAGAGACUUUUUCUGGGGUUCCAAUGGAAGUCACCUUUUUCUGAAUCUAAGGUUCCUCACAGUGGGCCAGGACCAACCUCUCUACAACUCUAGACUGUACAAGGGAUCUGAACAGACACUCCCAUCCCUAGGGUUUCCGUGUCAGAUGCAUCCAUAAGGAUACAAGUAACUCUAACUUUGCUAUAAACAUCACUUGCAACCACCUUCAUUCACUUCUGCAUAAUAAUCUUUUCUAAUAUGUAUAUAAAUCACACAGAGCAGUGUGUAGCUUAAAAUACUGCAUAUUUAUGGCUGUUAUUCAUGCACCAUGUGAAUGUCUUUAUUCUUUUUUAUCAUAAUAAAGUGGAUCAAGGUUUA